ACCAGUUGCCGCUGAAUUUGAGAUUCAUUUUUUAAACUAUUAACUAUCCCUCUAACAAUGGCUCCUGUUACCCUUCAAAUGUAUCUGCAAGAUGUUAAUAAUUGUAUCAAUAAUCGAAACGGUAGAGGAUUGAGUCACUACCUUAUGUGUAGUGAUCCUCAUGUAUAUAAUUCUCGUCUAGCAGUACCAGACCCAGAAAAUAUUGCUGUGUCGUACCUUGUAUCACCUUGGGAUGAGAUCGUUUCUGCUCAUGUGAGAUGUAUAUGGGCAAUGCGUAACCGUGAUUUUGAAGAAGCCUAUGCUUGUCAAAUAGUAUUAGUAAAGACUGUUGCCAAAGCACUCUCUGAAUUAAAAGAUGACAACUGGAUUUUACCUGUUGUACAUGUAGCUGCUAUUGAUUUAAGAAGGUUCGCUCACGGUUUGGACUCAAGAUUCACACCACAAUCGGAUAGUUUUCGAAAUCAAGGAAGAAGGAUGGAAAAUGCUGCUCAACUUAUUUUAAGGCUAUUUCAAAUAUGUGCAAGCGAUAGUCGUGCACAAGUUGAAGAUUCGAAAAAACUGGGUAUGAUGGGUUUAGCCAAUCAACUGUUUAAAAUUUACUUCCAGAUUAACAAACUGAAUUUAUGCAAAUCUAUGAUCCGCGCAAUCGAUAAUUUAAGUAUGAAUGAUCAUUUUAGUCUGGCACAACGUGUAACGUAUUGUUAUUAUGUUGGAAGAAAAGCAAUGUUCGACGGUGAUUUUGUGUCUGCCGAUAAAUCAUUGACUUUUGCUUUUGAGCGUUGUUUAACGACGAAAUGGAAUAACAAACGUUUAAUAUUGAUUUAUUUAAUUCCUGUAAAAAUGUUACUGGGAGUACUACCCAAAGAAAGUCUUUUAUGUAAAUAUAAUUUGAAACAAUUCCAAGACAUUGCUGAUUCAGUCAAAACAGGAAAUUUACGUAAAAUGGACUCUGCCUUAGAAGAGCACGAAGCCUUUUUCCUAUCUUGUGGUGUAUAUUUGAUAUUGGAAAAGCUCAAGUUGACUGUUUAUCGAAGUUUAUUUAAACGAGUUUGUCAUAUUAUGAAGACACAUCUACUACCGAUUGAAGUGUUUACAGCUGCACUACAUUUAAUGGGAGUUGAAGAUAUAGAUCCAGACGAAACAGAGUGUAUUCUGGCCAAUCUCAUUCAUGAAGGAAAAAUCAAAGGUUAUCUGGCACAUCAACAACAUAAAUUAGUUGUUAGCAAAUUGCAACCAUUUCCUCCGCUUACAAGUAGUAUGGCUAGCAGUUUAAAAUGAACUUCUAUCCAUUAUACUGGAUUAUGUCAUCAAUGUUACUAUUUUAUACAAACAAAUAUUUUGUACAAAGUUUACCAAAUCUAAUUGUAAAGUGUAUAAAUACAUUUUUUUCAUGAUUA